ACAAAGCAAAGCCCCCCCCCCCAAACCCUCACAUCUAGCGUGAGAGAGAGAGAGUGUUUGUGUGCGUGUGCAUGAAUGAGUUCGAGUUCGAGUUAGAACACGAUCUAUGUUGAGCGAUCCAGUUCUAUCUCAAAUCCCUAGCAAAAACUCCAAUAAUCCAUCUUGAACAGGCAGGAAACAAUUAAGGUCCAGAAUUUCUCAAAUUCGCAGAUACGGGAUUCUGUUCUUCAACUCCUCAUUCAGAAUGCUGAGAGAUUCCAAGUUGACGCGCCGAAAUCCAGUGAAAAACGAAGAGAUCGAGAAUGUGGAUCCUUCGGAUUCCGCAUCUGCUGCUUCGAGCUGCGGCGAAGGUUCUAGACCUCCACUAAACACAAUUCAGGAAGGGAGUUCUCUUAGUAAGAUCGAGAGGACUCCUUCUAAGCUCCACAAAGCAAGAGGAUCUGAUCCACCUGUGCCGUUUCGCACUCCGGAUAAGCACGCAGCAGGAGGAUCAGUCCUGUCCAAGAACCGGUUCGGAUGGAAUCAGAAGAACGAUGCAGUUUCCAUGUGCGAUGAGAGGAGGGGAUCUGGUGCUGUGAGUAAUGUCACUCCUAGGGUGACACGCACUGGAGGAAGAGCUGCUGCUGCUACCACGGCUUGUUCGGAGAGCAAUUCGGUGCAGAGCACUCCGACAAAGAGUGUGACAAAGCCUCCUCCGAGCUCAAGUGUCCGGAGUAAGGCUGAUGGAAGUUUCAGUGCUCGCUUGGGAAGCUAUAUUUCCUUGUAUAAAGGGGUUCCUAGCUCGGCUGUUACCCCAACGGUUAUUAACACUAUCGAAGUGCCUCACUUUGAUCUCAAGGAAGAUCCUUCCUUCUGGAUUAAUCACAAUGUACAGGUUAUUAUUCGUGUUCGCCCCCUCAAUAGCAUGGAGAGGAGUAUGCAUGGUUAUAACAGAUGUUUGAAGCAAGAAAGUGCGCAGUGCAUUACUUGGGUUGGGCAACCGGAAUCUCGAUUCACAUUUGACCAUGUUGCAUGUGAAACAGUAGACCAGGAAAUGAUUUUUCGAAUGGCUGGUCUUCCAAUGGUAGAAAACUGCCUUUCAGGAUAUAACAGUUGUAUGUUCGCAUAUGGACAGACAGGAAGUGGAAAAACACAUACAAUGCUCGGUGACAUUGAAGAUUUAGAUGUGAAGCCCAGCCCCCAUCGCGGAAUGACUCCACGAAUAUUUGAGUUUUUGUUUGCCAGGAUCCAAGCCGAAGAGGAAAGCCGAAGGGAUGAGAAUUUAAAAUACAACUGCAAGUGUUCAUUCUUAGAGAUUUACAAUGAGCAGAUUACGGAUCUACUUGAUCCAUCAUCCACCAAUUUGCUACUGCGUGAGGAUGUCAAGAGGGGGGUUUAUGUAGAAAACCUAUCUGAGUUUGAGGUUCAAAGUGUGAAUGACAUUCUUAGGCUUCUAAUUCAGGGGUCGGCAAAUAGAAAGGUUGCAGCAACAAACAUGAAUAGAGAGAGCAGUAGGUCCCACAGUGUUUUUACGUGUGUAAUUGAAAGCACAUGGGAGAAAGAUUCCACAACCAAUUACCGUUUUGCUAGGCUAAACCUGGUUGAUCUAGCUGGUUCAGAAAGACAGAAAACUUCUGGUGCUGAGGGUGAGCGACUAAAGGAAGCAGCUAACAUAAAUAAGUCACUAUCUACUUUGGGUCAUGUAAUUAUGAUACUAGUGGAUGUGGCGAAUGGGAAGCAGAGGCAUAUCCCAUAUAGAGACUCUAGGCUAACAUUUCUUCUUCAGGACUCUCUUGGUGGAAACUCAAAAACAAUGAUAAUUGCCAAUGUUAGCCCUUCUAUAUGUUGUGCCGCUGAAACGUUGAAUACACUUAAGUUUGCUCAGAGAGCAAAACUCAUUCAGAAUAAUGCUGUGGUAAAUGAAGACUCUUCUGGGGAUGUGAUAGCUCUACAGCACCAAAUACGACUUUUGAAGGAGGAGCUCUCUACCCUCAAACGACGCCAGAAUGUCUCCAGGUCUUUAUCGUUCUCUUUGGCAUCUGCUAGAGAUAUAAAACAAUCUCUAGAAGAAUGUUGCGUAGAAAAUGCAUCAGGAUCAGAUAUGGAUGAACAAGAUGACGAUGAUAAUAUAAUUGAUUGUGGAUCCAAUGGCAUCAGAAUGUCCUUCAAACAGUUAGAAUCAUUGGAAUCAACUCUUGCUGGAGCUUUGAGAAGGGAGCAAAUGGCAGAAGCUUCUGUUAAGCAACUAGAGGCAGAGAUUGAGCAAUUAAACUAUUUGGUUCGUCAAAGAGAGGAGGAUGCUAGAAGCUGCAAAAUGAUGCUUAGGUUUCGUGAAGACAAAAUUCGUAGACUGGAAUCCCAGAUUUCUGGUUCUAUGCCUACAGAUGCAGUUUUGUUAGAAGAGAAUAAAGCUCUGUCCGAUGAGAUUCAGAUACUCAAGGGAAAACUUGAACGAAAUCCUGAAGUUACUCGAUUUGCAGUGGAGAAUAUCAGGCUUCUAGACCAACUUAAAAGAUAUCAAGAGUUUUAUGAAGAGAGGGAGAGAGAGAUUCUUUUAGCUGAAGUGUCUACUUUGAGGGAUCAGCUGCUUCAAUUUCAUGGAAGAAACUCCAUACUGAGUAGUUCAAAUUAUGGCAUUGAAGCUCAGAAAAACCACUGCUGCGGGAAAGAAAAAGACUCUGUUGAACUAGAGUUGAAAAAAACACGUGAUGAGUUACAAGAAUGCAAGCGUAACUUAAAUUAUUGCUUAGAGGAGAAUACGAAACUCAGUAGGGAAUUAGAAUCUCUAUAUCCAAGAUUGACAAACAUAAAUGCCACAAAGGAUUCUACUGAAGAACCAUUGCGUGAAGCUCAAGCACUUUCACCCAAGCUUGAAGGGAACCCUGAAACUCAUACAUUCACAGAAGAUAUAUUGAAUUUGCAUUUGGAAUUAGACAUAAUGAAGAUUAUUCUGAAGGAAGAGAGGACUUUCCGUGCUCUAUUGGAGGAGCAAAAAAGCAGCUUAAAACAGGAUCUUCAGAUGGAAAAGGACAAACUUUUGCUGAAAAGCAAACUAUUAGAAGAUUCAGACAAUGAGCUGAAAGAGGCCAAAUCUGUUAUUGAAGCUCUUGAAUCUCAACAAAUUCUGUCGAUCCAAGAGAUAGAAGAGAUGAGAAACAAGAACAAUGAUUAUUUGGAGCUUAUGAGAAAGCAAGAAUGUGAAAUCAGGGCCUUGAAGAACCAAUUUGCAUGCAAAGAGUUAAGGGACAAUUUGCUUUCAAAUAGUUCAGAGAUUGAAAAUGAGUCUCCCUUACAGGUAAAACUCAAAAGGAUGCAUGACUCUCUCGAAAAAGCCAAGCAACUGAACAUAUUUUAUCAAAGAGAUCAUGCACUUCAAAUAUCUAAUGAGGAAGAGAUGGAUGAAGUCCGUCGGCAGGCUGAGGCUGAAACUGUUGAGGUGAUUGUCCGUAUGCAGGAAGAACUUGCAAAGCUCCAACAUGAAGUACAUGAUAAUCGUUUGAAGGAAACAAAAAUGAGAGAGAGCAUACAGCAUCUGGAAACUGAAUUGAAGGAAGUGCAGGAGAGAUUGCUUGCUAGUGGUGAUGAUAAUCAAAGUUUACGUGAAGAGCUUGUGCAGAAAGAUAUAUACCUAAGGUCACUAGCUGAAGAGUGGGAACUACUGACCUCUGAGAUUGGAGAGAUUCUUUCUGAUGGAUUUGAGUCACUUCUUGAUGCUUCUGAUGAACUUGUCCACAUAAGCAAUUCAUUUCCUGAUAAAAGGAUCUGGAUUUCUGAACAAGUUGGCAUGAUUGUUAGAAAAAUCUCUGAAAAGGAAUUAUUAAUUGAUGAACUGAGAAGAUGCUUGGAGGAUGCAAGCAAUAAAAGAAGUGAUAUGGAGUGCAUGUUGAAGUCCCUACGAAGUGCAGCAAUGGUGAUUACUGAAGCCCACCAGAAGGACAGCAUGGAAAAAGAGAAAGAAGUUAUCCAGUUAACAUCAGAUCUGUGUGAAAAAACAUUUAUUGUGACACAGCUGGAAGAGCAGUUGAUAACGGCAGAAAACCAUUUCAGAAAUGCUGCUAACUGUGCAACUGCAGCCUUUGUUGUUGUGGAUAGAAUGUCAGACGUGAAUCUUGGUUACCUUAAAGAUCUCAAGCACAAGGAUACACUGCUUAGUGAAUUAGCUGAGGCCAACAGUAGGAAGGAUGCCCUACUUGCUCAGCACUCUGCUUCACUUGUUCAAGCUGAGACACAGGUAACAGAUUUGCAAGAAAGAUGCAAUCAAUUAUUGCAGAAGCUGUCUGAGGAGCAAGAGCAUUCUUUUGCUUUGGAACAAAAGCUUGAAGAUAUUGAAAAAAGUGCCAUUUCAAAGACAAGGGAGCAGCUAGCAACAUUACGAGAUGGAGUCUCUUCAAUGAGGUCAUGUAUGGCCUCAAUAGCAAAGCCUUCAGGAAAUCUUGAUAACGGAAAUUCAAUGGAUGUGUGCACAUCUUCUUGUGACGAUAAUGAUGAAAUUGGGGCAAGUUCUGAAACACAUCGAUACAAUAAUUCAGGUCAAUCAUAUGCUAAAGAACGUGUAGGUCACUUGGCUGACUUACCCUCUGAAUUGGUAACAAAAAGUGGACAUGAUAACCAGAAAUCCAGAAGAGUCUGCAAGGAUGCAUGUGAAAGAGAUGUUACCAUUACACUUUUGAGAAAAGAGAUAGAAUGUGCUCUUGAAAGCUUAAAACAAGUGCAAGAUGAGAUGGCAAGACUACAUGCAGAGAAAAAAGAGAUGUCAAUGUCUGAAAAGCAGAGUAGGCAAAGUGUUGAGUGCCUCAAAACUCAGAUACUUUCCCUGCAGGCAACUAUGAUCAACUUUGAAGAGCACUCCAAAGCCAAGCUUGAUAUCCUCAACCAUAAACUCAGAGACUUAGAAAAUAGUAUGAAAGAAGCUGGAUCCCAUUGGAACCGGACCAAAGAGUGGCUUGAACAUGAGGUUGGAGAGGCAAACACUAUUAGAGUGCAGAAAGCUUCAGAGGCGUCCUGUAUUCUUGCUAAGUUUGAAGAAGCUCAAGAUGCAAUGAGAGAAGCAAAUGGUAGAAUUAAUGAAUUAAUGAUAACUAAUGAGUCGAUGAAGCUUGAUAUUGAAAGACUUAAAGGUAGAGAAGUCACAUUACUUGAUGAGAAGGGUAGCUUAAUAAUCAAGGUUGAGUGCUUGCAAGCUGUUGUUGAUACGAAGCAUCAAGAGAUUGAGAACCUUGUUGAGUCAAAUCUUCUUGAAACAAAGAACUUGAUUGUGGAGCUUGAUGAUGCUGUCAAAGAGGUACAGUUAACCAUCAAGGAAAUUUUUAUGUCUUUAGCUAGUGACUUACACUGCAUCAAGUCCCAGUUUUUGUAUUCUACUAAAUUUGUGCAGCCAUGGCUUGAGAAGAUCUGGUCUGAGAUAGUUUUGAAAGACUCCGCUAUUUCCGUCUUACAUCUAUGUCACAUGGGUAUUCUACUUGAAACAGUAACUGGGAUGCACGCAGAAAACGGUUUGCUAUCACACGGCUUAUCUGAAUCAAACUCUAUUGUAAGUGAUUUGAAGGAACACAACUUUCGGACAAAGCAAGAGCUUGAUAUGUGCAGAGUCUUAAAAGGGAAGCUGCUGGCUGACAUCAAACACAGUUUUGACCGUAUUUCAAGGAAGGAAGAGGAAGCCGGUGAGAUCACCCUGAAGCUAAACACGUUUGCCAAAAACAUAUCAGACUUGCAGCUGCAGGAGGAGAUGAUGUUGCAGAGGUCUAAUGAAAUGGGAUCUCAACUUGCUAUAUUGAUGAGAGAUUUGGACAUGAGCAAUAACGAUGCAGUGAUAUCCCUUUUAGAUCAAGAGAAAGAACUGAAGCAGAAAGUAGAGGCUGUUGAGUCUGAAGCUGAAUAUUUUAUGGAAGACUGGUAUGCGAAAGACUUCGAAUCACUCAUCCAUGCUUCUGAAUUAAAAGAUAUGUCCCAUCACUUGGCUCAUGUGGAGGAGAACUUCACCAAGUACUCUACACUGAUUGAGCAUUUGAAGAAAGAAACAAUAUUUUCCCAGGUAGGAACUGAGUUAGCAGACCAAAUUUUGAUGGAUAAGGAGGUCGAGUUUACUGUUCUAGAAGGAGAAGUUCAGCAGCGCAAAGUAGAAAGGCAGGACCUAUUAGUUGAAUUGAACCAGAAUAGAUUAAAAAUUGCAGAGUUGGGUGAAAUUGACAAAGCCCUUGCACAAAACAUAGAGUGUCUAAAGAAUGCUACUAGUUCAAAUAUUGCACUGAAGGGUGAACUUUCUGAAGUUAAGGAAGAAAAUAAAAGACUUUGGGAUAAGGUUCAAGAUCUUGAAGCUGAUUAUGACAGAGUUAUUGUGGAUCUCAUAGGGAAGGAAGUUGAAGUUAAGGAAGCAAAGCAAAGUCUCCAGGUUAAGAUUCUGGAUCUUGAAGCUGAUUAUGAUAAAGUUAUUGCAGCUCUCAUAGAGAAGGAUGUGGCAUCAACAUGUUCAUUCCAUCACAUUUCUGUUCUUGAACAUCAGAAGAAAGAGUUGAUGAAAGUAAACAGCACGUUGGAAGAUUCAUCUUGCAACUUUCAGAAUGAGCUGAGCCUAAGAGAUUUGGAGAUAACUAGAAUGCAAAGCUUACUGCAAGUUGAGGUGUCCAGAAAGGAUGAUGUAAUUAAAGGGUUGCUCUAUGACAUGAGCUUGCUGCAGGAGUCAGCAUCUAACAGUAAAGACCAAAAAGAUGAAAUCGAUGACAUGAUGGCUAGAAUGGAGUCAUUAGAAGCGGAGCUUGCUCUUAAAUCAGGUGAGCUUGCUGAUGCUGUUUCCAAUUGUCAACGGUUUGAAGCUAAGUUGCAAGAAAAAUCAGACAUCAUUACAGCUCUUGAGUUGGAUCUCUCUAAAGAGCGUGAGGCUCUAAAGUUGCAAUCCAGAGAAAAUCAAGAUCUUAGAACUCAUAUUGAGGAUAGCUUGGCAGCGAGAAAAUUGGUUGAUGAUGAGCUUAAGGAAAAAAGGAAGAUCACAGAGAGCUUAGAAGAUGAAAUCUUGGAAAUGAGCCGUGUUCUUGGCGAAAUGAAUGAUACAAUUAAAAACCUGAGUGAUGAUCUUGAUGAAGUUGCUGCCGAGAGGGAUCAACUUCAGGGUCAGAUAAUUUCCCUCAAGCAAAGUCUUGAAAAAGCAGAAGCUGAAGUUGAAGCUAAUGCAGCAGUUGCUCAAGAAGCUCAGAAGGUGGCUGAAACACGAAAAGUUUAUGCUAAAGAAAAGGAAGCAGAGGUGAAACUCCUAGAGAGAUCUGUUGAAGAGCUGGAAAGUAUUGUAAAUGUACUGGAAAACAAAGUUGACAUCAUCAAAGGAGAAGCACAACGACAACGCCUGCAAAGAGAAGAUCUAGAAUUGGAGCUACAUGCAUUGAAAGACCAGAUGCAAAAUGUUAGAAAUGCUGAUACUGACAUGAAAAGAUUCUUGGAUGAAAAGGAGAAAAGCCUUGAAGAAGCUUUAAAUCAGAUACUUGUUCUCAAAAGGGAUUUAGCAGGAAAGAAUGAAGAGAUUGUACAAAUGAAGGCUCAUAUUUCAGAGCUAAAUUUGCAUGCUGAAGCGCAGGCAAAGGAGUACAAACAGAAAUUCAAAGCAUUGGAAGCCAUGGUCGAGCAAGUCAAACCUGAGGAGCUUUCUACACAAUCCAGCUGUGCUUUGCCAAACAAGUCCGAGAAGAAUGCUUCCAAGUCUCGAGGUUCCAGUUCUCCUUUCAAGUGCAUUGGUCUGGGCCUGGCACAACAGAUUAAAUAUGAGAAAGUUGAGGAGCUGUCUGCUGCAAGACUUCGCAUUGAAGAACUAGAGGCCCAGGCAGCAUGUAGACAGAAAGAGAUAUUUGCACUGAACGCUAGACUUGCUGCUGCUGAGAGCAUGACCCAUGAUGUAAUACGUGAUUUACUUGGAGUCAAGUUAGAUAUGACCUCUUAUGUGUCACUGUUGGAUAAUGGGCAAGUGCAGAAGAUUGCAGAGGAAGCUCAAUUUCACACUCUAGAGCCACAAGAGAAGGAACAGGAGGUUACCAAAUUAAAGAAGCAGCUGAAUGAAUUUAUUGAAGAGAGACAAGGAUGGCUGCGAGAAAUGGAAAAGAAACAAGCUGAAAUAGUAGCUGCACAGAUUGCAAUGGAAAACCUUCGACAACGAGAGCAGUUACUAAAAACUGAGAAUGAAAUGUUGAAGAUGGAAAAUUUAAGUAAGAAAAACAAAGUAAUGGAACUGGAGGAAGAAAUCAAGAAGCUGUCUGGUCAGCAAAACCUUCAGCAGCGUAUUCAUCAUCAUGCUAAAAUUAAGGAGGAAAACAACAGAUUAAAAAUACAGAAUGAAGAACUCAGCGCAAAUCUACGGAAGGCAAACAUCUUUGUUUCACGGGUCAAGGAAGAUUUUGGACGUCUUCGUGCUUCUGCUGGUGCGAAACCAUGUUUUGAUUUCAAUGAGGAGCAACGUCUGAUGACAAAACUGAAGGAGAUUGAAGAAGAGAAAGUACAAUUAGCACAACAAUUACUGAGAUUGUCAACCAAUGUUCUGAAGGCUGCAGGAUUUACAAAGCGAAUGUCAGAAAUAGACCCCUCUCUAGCUGAGGAGGCACUAGAGGAGCUCAAGAACAGGAUAGCUAAUCUGGAAAUGCAACAGGAAGAUUUGAAGUUUAAGAAUAAAAUCAUAAAAGAAAAGGUGCGAUUAUCUGAGCUAAUGCCACAUGUUUCUCCGUUGAAUUCAAGACCUGAUGAGAAUCAUGCAACAACUCCACCAAGGACAUCAUCCCAAGCUCCUUUCCUUUCCAGUUUUGAUCGAUAGCAAGUAGUGUUAGCUAACACUAUUUAAUAUUUGUAUCAUGUUUUGCAAUCCUGAGCUAUUCUUUUAUUAUCGUGUAAAUAAACAUGUAAUGUAUGUAGUAUGUAUGUACAGAGGUAAAUCAGA